CUCAUGACAUCACCAAAGGUCCUUUAGAGUAGUAAUCAGCUACUCCCAGAGCAACCCGCCAUCUUCUGCUCCACUAACCCCGGCUGUGUGAAGAGAGAUGGAGCCGGUUACCAGUCGCACCAUCGCGCCGGCAUUAUCGGUACAGCCACGGGAGUACAAGCUUGUCAUGCUGGGAGCUGGCGGUGUGGGGAAGAGCGCCAUGACCAUGCAGUUCAUUAGCCAUCGCUUUCCGGAGGAUCACGACCCCACCAUUGAGGACGCUUAUAAAAUCCGCAUACGAAUUGAUGAUGAGCCGGCCAACCUGGACAUCCUGGAUACGGCCGGACAGGCAGAGUUCACAGCAAUGAGGGACCAAUACAUGAGAGCUGGAGAAGGCUUUAUCAUCUGCUACUCCAUCACUGACCGCCGCAGCUUUCAUGAAGUGCGCGAAUUCAAGCAGUUGAUCUAUCGCGUCAGGCGGACAGACGACACGCCGGUGGUCUUGGUGGGGAAUAAGUCAGACCUUUCUCGCCUUCGCCAGGUCUCCAAGGAAGAGGGUAGCUCGUUAGCACGAGAGUUCAACUGUCCGUUUUUCGAGACAUCUGCUGCGUUCCGUUACUACAUUGACGAUGUUUUCCAUGCUCUGGUCCGUGAGAUUCGCAGGAAGGAGAAGGAGGCGGCUCUGGUCAAUGAACGCAAAUGUAAACCCAAGUCAUCUCUGUGGAAGAGACUGAAGUCCCCGUUUAGGAAAAAGAAGGAGUCAGUGACUUGACCGGACUUGGUGUUUGUGGGACUAGCACUCAUCUGGGGAGAUGCAGGCGGAGGCCCAGGCUUCUUACAACCUCUAUGUAAAUAGAUAGCUGGGCAUAUACAGUAUAUAUGAGAGGCCGCACCUGUCUCCCCUUCCUCAGCUGUGAAUUACUAACCGCACAUACUAUAAGGCAUGAGCCCAUGUGGAGGGGACCUUGGACCCAACUUCAUUACUAAUAUGUCCUCGACUGCUGCGCUGACCAGGAAUGGAGCCGUCGAGGUCAAGACUGGAACUGACUGCAUGACUGUUUUAUGAUCAGUGCACUUCACAAGGGCCCCCUCCUCCCAAAUCUGACGUCACUGGUAAGAGGGGCACAUACAGAUCCUGCACACUGAUGGAGGGGGUCCUGUCUGCUCCACAGGUGUUGUGUCCACACCUCUCCUUUUGCACAGUUUUUGUAUGUUUUUCUAAACCUUAUUAACAAUUGUGUAUAGUAAACCUGCUGCAUCCUUA